GGCAGCCCGGGCUCCCCGUCCUGAGGAGACAGCUCGCGGGGACUGCGGCCUCCCAGGACGGGCCGCAAGCCCAGCCGCCAUGAGGACAUCAAUCAUAUUGGAUUAAUGCCCACCCGAUGACUUCAUCUUAACUUGAUUAUAUCUGCAAAGACCCUAUUUCCAAAUAAGGUCACAUUCACAGUUUCCAGGGUAGUAGGACUUCAAAGGAUCUUUUUGGUGGAUACAAUUCAACCCAUAAUCCCCUCCAACGUGUCAUGGAUAAAAUGGGCAUAAAGGAGCAGUGAGGAAUCAAAUGGGAAUCUCAUUGAAGACAGCCUGUUUCAGUUGAGAUGUCACUUCACUUGGGAUUUGCGAAUUGAAGACACUGAAAUGCCUGACUUAGAAAACAGGAUCUUGGAUGAGAUUGAGUUCCUGGACACCAAAUCCAAUGUGGGAAUACACAACCUACUGGCCUAUGUGAAACACCUGAAAGGCCAGAAUGAGGAAGCCCUGAAGAGCCUGAGAGAGGCUGAAGACUUAAUCCAGCGAGAACAUGCCGACCAAUCAGGCAUGAGAAGUCGGGUUACCUGGGGCAACUAUGCCUGGCUGUACUACCACAUGGGCAGACUAGCAGAAGCCCAGGCUUACGUGGACAAGGUGGAGAACACUUGCAAGAAGUUUCCAAAUUCCUCCAGCUAUAGGAUGGACUGUCCUCACAUGGACUGUGAGGAAGGAUGGGCCUUGCUGAAAUGUGGAGGGAAGAAUUACAAAUGGGCCAAAGCCUGCUUUGAAAAGGCUCUGGAAGUGGACCCCGAAAACCCUGAAUUCAGCACUGGGUAUGCAAUCACCGCCUAUCGCCUGGACGGCCUUAAUGGAGCACCACACAGUAGUGAGGAAUUUUGUCUGAACCCACUAAAACAGGCCAUCAGGCUAAAACCAGAAGAUGCGUAUAUUAAGGCUCUCCUUGCCCUGAAGCUUCAGGAUGUAGGACAAGAAGCUGAAGGAGAAAAGUACAUUGAAGAAGCACGGACCAACAUGUCCUCGCAGACCUAUGUCCUUCGAUAUGUGGCCAAGUUUUACCGAAGAAAAGGCUCUCUGGAUAAAGCUCUCCAGCUCUUACAAGAGGCCUUGAAGGCAACACCCUCCUCUGCCUUCCUGCAUCACCAGAUAGGGCUUUGCUAUAAAGCACAAAUGAUCAAAAUAAAGGAAGCUACAAACAUGCAGCCUGAAGGACAGGAUAGAGAAAACGUCAACAAAUUGGUUGGCUUGGCUAUAGAGAAAUUUCAAAAGACUUUGACACUAAGGCCCACAUUUGAGUUGGCUUAUGUUUCCCUGGCUCAAAUGUAUGUAGAAAUAGGCGACCACAGAAAGGCUGAGGACACUUUUCAGCAAGUGUUGUGCAUGAAGAUCUUUGAUGAUCGUCUACUGCAAGAGAUUCAUUACCACUAUGGUCGUUUCCAAGAAUUUCACAGGAAAUCUGAAGAUAAAGCAAUUACCUAUUAUUUCAGUGGUCUGAAAAUAGAAAAAUAUUCCUUAUAUCAGCGAAAAACUUUUCAGUGCUUUAGAAAUAUUCAUCGGAAUGUAUGUGUUGUGGAAAGUUUCAGCCUCCUUGGACUCAUCCACAAAUUGAAAGGGGAAGUGAGUGAAGCCUUGGUGUGCUAUGAGAAGGCUCUGAGGCUGGCUGCUGACUUGAAUACCAUGUUUUGAAGUAGAGCUCACCACACCUCUUUAAUGUGUUCAUAACUAAAUAUAACAGAAAACUUUCCUGAUUGCUGCCUUCAGAAAUAUAUAACAUGCUGAUACAAAAUAGUUUGAUACAACACAUACUCUGCUGCCUGCUGACCCCCCUCUUUCUUUCCCCUUCCUUCCAUGUCUAUGAGAGGAGCAUUCACUCUUCUAUAACACAUCCCUGUACUCAUUGACCAAAGCUGAUUAAUGCUGUUUGGGGUACCCAUCAUCUGCUAGACCAACAAGAACCCUUUUCCCUAAGGCUUUGCAUUUGGAACGAGCAGCUUCCAUCCUCAGUCUAGCUGGUCUCCUGAACAGAGGUGUCUUAAACAGGGAAGGUUUCAGCCUUCUCCUGGGCCCAGCACACAGGGUCACAUGCCAGUAUAGCUGUGUGCACACACCUGCACAUCUGCAGGCAUGCACCCAUAGGACAUCCACACAUAGGUUCAAAGACAUUCCUGCUGGUUGGUUCACACACUCAAAGCAUGAAUUCCCGGAGACAGUUAUUCUGAACCAAGAACACGGGUUACUCAUAUACACAUGCAUCACACAUCUCUACACACACACACACACACACACACACUGAUUCUUGGGCUCACAUAGGUGCAUUCCUACAUAUUUGUGCACAUACACAUUCUCUAUAUGGAGCAUAACUGAAACUACUACCCGCUCACAAUUUUAAAAAAAAGGAAGUUUCCUUUUUCAUGUGGGUAGGGGGGCUGGCCUAUAAGAUCUAAGACCAAAGCAAACAAGCAAAGACAGAGUUAGAGAGAUGAAGAGGGCUUCAGGAGUUUACUAUAGUUCCAGCCCUGGAUUCUAUUUCCCAAGGCCUUACGGUAGCCCAGACCUCCUGGUCAGUGAGCCAAGUCUAUGACCUCAGAACAUAUUCAAAUUUUUAGUUUACAUUUUUCAAGCUACUGGCAACCGCAAAGGAUCUACAUGUUCCAAACACAUUGCUGGACAUUCAUUCACACUGAAGAAAAGUUAAAAUGUACAAGGCAAGGACAAAGUAAGGAAAAAAACUGUUUAGGAUGUGCAAACUGAAAAUGACAUAAAUAUCUCAAUGCAGUUUUUAAGUGCUUGCUAUGUGGUGUGUGAUAGAAUCUUCUCCUUUUUUUCCCUAAAAUAUUUUCUACAACAAUAUUCAGUAAAGUUAACAACUUCAUU